UCACACAUGAAAAGCUGAAUGACAUUUACUCAACUCAGCUAGCAUUUACACUGUUACUAUUUAGUAAGAUACAAACGAGACAUGCAGUAAGCUACUAAAUAACGUUAGAAGUAGCUAACUCAACUAUAUAGUUGCUCAGUCAGACCUAAAUCUUACAGUAGUUACAAAGCUUGUGUAGCUACUAUUAGCUAACUGAGCAUGGAGUCCCUCAGGAAACCCAUGUUUACUAUUCUGCAACACUGGAGACCCCACAGGGCUGUCAAACCCAGAUAUUGUUCUAAAUUAGCUAACACUAGUGUGACUUCAAAAGAGACGAAGACAAAUGUAGAUGCAUUUAAGAGUCAGUUAUCCUGUGGUCCAAGUUUUCAGGAUUUCAUCAAAGGGGCUUCAGUGAAGAGUUUUGCUGCAGAUGAAGAUCUCUAUGAUAACCACAGCUAUCUUUCUGAGGACCUGGAGAUGGGAAACUCAAGGAAAGUGUAUUUUGAGACCUAUGGAUGUCAGAUGAAUGUGAACGACACAGAGAUCGCCUGGUCCAUCCUGCAGAGGAAGGGAUACCUACGCACAGUGGAGUUAAAUGAGGCAGACGUUGUUCUUCUGGUGACAUGCUCCGUAAGAGAAAAGGCCGAACAAACUAUCUGGAACAGACUAAAACAACUCACAGCCAUGAAGAAGAGACGGAAAAAGAGCCUCGCUCCGAUGAAGAUCGGGAUUUUAGGGUGCAUGGCAGAGAGGCUGAAGACGGAGCUUCUGGAGCGGGAGAAGCUUGUAGACGUUCUUGCCGGUCCGGACGCUUACCGGGACCUCCCCCGCCUCCUGACUGUCGCUGACGGAGGUCGGCAGGCGAGCAACGUGCUGCUGUCCUUAGAGGAGACCUACGCCGACAUCAUGCCCGUCCACCACGCUCCCCACGGAAACAGUGCUUUUGUGUCCAUCAUGCGCGGCUGCGACAACAUGUGCACGUACUGCAUCGUUCCCUUCACCCGGGGGAGGGAGAGGAGUCGACCCGUCAGCUCCAUACUGGAGGAAGUCCGGAUGCUGUCUGACCAGGGUGUGAAGGAGGUGACUCUGCUGGGUCAGAAUGUGAACAGCUACAGAGACCUGUCGGAGGAGCAGUUCUGCAGCUCGGGGCCGACCCGGCUCAGCGAGGGCUUCCAGACCGUCUACCGGAGCAAACAGGGAGGCCUGCGCUUCUCUCACCUGCUGGACCGAGUGUCCCGCGUCGACCCCGACAUGAGGAUCAGAUUCACCUCCCCCCACCCCAAAGACUUCCCCGAUGAGGUUCUGCAUCUGAUUGCGGAGCGAGGGAACAUCUGCAGGCAGAUCCACCUCCCGGCUCAGAGCGGCAGCAGCAAAGUCCUCAAAGCGAUGCGUCGUGGCUACACCAGAGAGGCUUACCUUGAUCUUGUCCAGAACGUCAAGAGGAUUGUCCCAGAGGUGAGUCUCAGCAGCGACUUCAUCUCAGGCUUCUGCGGGGAAAGAGAAGACCACCUCCAGACUCUGUCUCUGAUCAGAGAGGUGGGCUACAACGUGGGCUUCCUGUUCGCCUACAGCAUGAGGAAGAAAACGCAGGCCUACCAUCGACUGGAGGAUGACGUGCCGGCGGAGGUGAAGCAGCGGCGUCUGCAGGAGUGUAUCAAAGUUUUCAGGGAGGGGGCCGGGAGGGUCAACGCUGCUCUGGUGGGCAGCACACAGCUCGUCCUGGUGGAGGGGGAGAGUAAAAGAUCUGCUCAGGAUCUGUGUGGGAGAACUGAUGGAAACACCAAAGUCAUUUUCCCCAAACAGGAGGUUGAGGUUCAGUCUGCAGAAUCCAACAGAGCACCGAUCAGCGCUGGAGACUACGUGCUGGUGGAGGUACGACGGGCCAACUCCCAGAGCCUGAGAGGCCGGGUCCUGAGUCACAGCUCCCUGAGAGACACAGUGAAGCACUACGAUGAACAUGUGGCCCCAAACACAACCAGGACUGAAACAGGGCCAUGAGGGAUGCAGGGGACACCACUGGAAAGAUGGGGAAGCUAGUGCACGGCCAUCUUUCUUUUGGGACGACACACGCUGGAUGCUUUUCAUGGACUCUUGGUCACAUUGGACUGCUGUGAUGAGCUAUUAAACUGCGAUAUAUUAUUUAAA